AUGAAUUGGGGUACCGAGCUUUGGGAUCAAUAUGAUAACUUAGCCGCCCACACACACAAAGGAAUUGAGUUCCUAGACAAAUAUGGAAACUUCGUGAAAGACCGAUGCGCUAUUGAACUUGAGUAUGCAGGAAAACUCAGGAGGCUUGUCAAAAGUUAUCAGCCAAAGAGAAAAGAAGAAGAUGAAUACCAAUAUUCAGCAUGCAAAGCUUUCAGACAACUGCUGCAGGAGCUGGGCGACUUCGCGGGGCAGCGCGAAGUUGUGGCGGAGAACCUACAGUCGAACGUCGUACGAGAGCUGCAUUUACUUGCCAAGGAGCUUCGAGAGGAAAGAAAGCAACAUUUGAGCGAAGGCGCGAAACAGGUGGCCGUACUCAACUCAGCCAUAGGAGCACUGGAAAGAGCGCGGAGAGCCUAUGAGCGAGCCGCUCGAGAAUCGGAAAGAGCGCUUGAAACAUUCCAGAAAGCUGACGCUGACCUCAAUCUAAGUCGAGCAGAGCUAGAGAAACAGAAAGCGAACGUAAAAGCCCGAAGUCAGGCUUGCGAAGAAGCGAAGCAAGAGUACACGGACCAGCUGCGUAAAACCAACGAAGCACAGAGGCAGCAUUACGAACAGCGGUUGCCACACGUGUUCAAGCAAUUACAGGAUUUGGAUGAAAAGAGAAUAAAAAACAUAAAGAAUUUCAUGUUGAGUUCUGUGGACGUCGAACGGAAAGUGUUCCCCAUAAUAAUGCAGUGCCUUGAAGGAAUGGAGCAAGCGGCCAAUAGUAUAAAUGAAAAAGAGGACACGCAGUUAGUAAUAGAAAGGUAUAAAUCUGGCUUUGCGCCGCCGGAGGAGUUCAGAUUCGAGGCGAUGUCUGGUGCCGAAGUAGCAGAGGUAGUGCCGCAAAAUCACCUCACAGCCGCGCGGGGCACAGUCUCCGGACACAGGAUCAAGAAACGAGGCGGACUGCUCUCCAUAUUCAGCUCCAACAAGAGGAUAAUUGAGGCGUGCAACUCCUUCAAGAACAACAUGUCCAUGGACGGAAAGGAGGAUUAUUCAGAUUUGCCACCAAAUCAGAAGAAAAAGAAACUACAGGCCAAGGUUCACGAGUUAAACAAGCAGGUGGGACAAGAACAAGCUGCAAUGGAAGGUCUUAUGAAGAUGAAGGGUGUAUAUGAAACAAAUCCCACGUUAGGGGACCCAAUGACUGUAGAAGGCCAACUGAACGAAUGCUGCGACAAACUAAAGAAACUGCGAGCGCAAUUACGGAAAUAUGAAGAACUAUUAGCUGAGGCGAACAGUCAAUUGUGCGCACCACCGAUACAUCCUGUUUCACGUACUAAUGGUUCCGCCCCACCCGCGCAGGCUAUCAGCAUCGGGUCGAACAGCGAGUCGCUGUCCAGGUCCGCGUCCGAGUCGUCGCCGGACCUCCAGCCGCUCGGAUAUUGUAAAGCGCUCUACGCGUUCGAAGCUAACGGUACAGGCUCAACCAUGCGCAUGGAGUGCGGCGAGCGGUUGCUGGUGCUAGAGACAGACGCGGGAGACGGCUGGACGCGUGUGCGUCGCCACCACACGCGCGAAGAAGGCUUCGUACCCACCACCUACAUAGCGACCACGCUGUACGCCGACGCACACGAGCACUAG